AGCACCGUAUAUAAAGGUCAGCCACAGGCAGAGCCUUUGCGUCUCUUGGCAGAUCUGGGUGCCACUUCGGAGGCAAAAUGAAGACUCUGAUCCUGGUACUUGGCUUCCUGGAGCUUCUAACAAACUCUGUUUUUGCAAGUAAUGCGAUCCAACUCAUCAACAAAGGGAACGAUGGAGGGACGGUCUAUCAGACGGUGAACAUCAACCACAACACCAACGUUGCUGCCUUCAAUAUUUACUCUGGAGCACACUCCAGCAAUGCCAUUGUUGACUACAACAGUGGCAUCAUCGUCUACCACAUGCCCUACAAAAGGAUAUGCGUCGUGUCCAGGAUGAACCCGCACACCUUUCCCAGUAUUUCACAGCUUGACCAAAUGACUCAGGAGGGGCAACCGCUGCAUUCCCUUCACAGAAGUUAUGGGGUUUCUCGCAAGAUGGUCACAAAUAUGGCUGCACUUGGAGGACCGGGCCAAGCCAUUUGUGGAGGACUAACUACCUACUGGGCCACGGAGUAUCCAAGGCCACAUCCUUUAGUCGGAGGCAGGGCCUGCGCUGGGCUAAAUCUGCUCAUUCUGAACGUGGAUUUAUGCGGAGGCGUUUCCCUCUUCUAACCAAAAUCAGGCGUAUGCCUCCCAACUUCAUCUUUUCUGCAUGAUCUUCUGUUCCAAACUUAUCUGACUCGUGUCCAUUGGCAACUCACAGCUUCCAUGUCAGUCGGGCAAUGAAUCUGCUCCAGGGUUUAUUCCAAACUUUAAAUUAGCUUUCAAAGGUGCUGGACCUAUUUGGGAGAUGUUGGUGUUGUUGUGUACCCCCAAGUCAUUUCCAACUUAUGGCAACCCUAAGGUUUUCUUGGCACAUUUCUUCAGAAGGGAUUUGCUGUAGCUAUCCUCUAAGGCUGAGAAAGUGUGCUUCAUCUAUGGUCACCCAAUGGCUUUGCAUGGUCAAGACCUAGUCUCCAAAGUCAUAGGGCUAUACAGACCAAGCCCUUACAUUGCUGCCCAGGCGCCAUUCUAGUGCAUGCCCUUCUUGACGGUGUGCACCACAGUGCUGCACCUCCACCGCAGCAUCCAAAUGGCACAGUGUGUAAGGGGGAUCAUAACGCCGCACCGCAGCGCUUAUGAUGCCCCUUCCAGGGAGCUGCUUGGGGUGGCUUCUUUUUGCUCCCUCCAGAAAGUGGAUUGGUGCUGCUGCUUGCAGUUGCUGUGGCACCGAUCCGGAGUAAAAAGGGGCAUCUGCAUGCCACCCAUCUGUAUAGCUCCACAGUCCAAUGCUCAAACCCCUGCGCCACAGCAUCAGUAAGAACUCCAUGAAUGUUUGCACUACGACCCGGAGCAGAUUCAUUGCCUCGCCAACACCAGCUCCACCGACUAUGACCACUUGUGAUUUGUGAAGUCAAAACAACUUCUCACAUCCACACCAUUUGCCAAGCACUACACAACCUGGUUGGCAACGCAAAGGAGAGGGUGGGUUGCAUUUCUCUGGGCGGGCAAAUGUAUUACAAGUGGCUACUCCACUCAAAAUGGCUGCUCUCUCCCUUUGUUCAAGGAGUGGUCAAGAUGAAGGCCGCAACCUCUGCUGACACUAUGGAGAUGUUUCCUCAAAUCGGUGGUCUUUGGUCAUUCCCAGGCCAAGGGGAAGUUUUAAUGUGAACUUUAAAGGAGAGAGCCAAAGGGCUGAAUGCAACCCCCCAAAUAAGUUUGACCCCUUGGAUAGCUUCAUUAAAGUUUAGGCUUAAACCUGGAUUCCCAUUUUGAUUUUGUGUAAAAUGUGCAUGAUGUAACCAAAGUCUUGGAGAAGGAAGAGCCGGAGGUAAACCUGAAGUCCAAACAUUUCCACUUUGCAACUGAAUCAUAGAAUCACAGAGUUGGAAGAGACCACAAAAUUACUCCGGUCUAACCCCAUUCUGCCAUGCAGGAAUACACAAUCAAACAUUAAGAUGUUGUUGGGUUUUUUCUUUUGUGAGAUGCUGAUUUCAACAUUCACUUCUUAAGUCUGUCUUUUAACAUUGCAAGUAGUGUAGUUACCUACCUGUAACUACUUAACUUUCUUGGGUAA